AUGCCAAUUCUUACUUUUGUAGCACGUAUUUCCGAUGGCAUGUUGCUCGUUGCAUCAAUGGACUCAAUUGGCGAUGGGAAUUUAGAUACAUACAAGCAACAAGCAAAACAAAUUAUGAAGAAAUUAGACCAACGCUCACCAACAAAAUGCAGUAUCGAGUCAGGCGCGUAUACCUUCCACUAUUUAAUACAGGAGGAAGUAUGUUACUUGACACUAGCAGAUCGAGGCUUUCCAAAACGUCUUGUUUUUUUAUAUCUCGACGAACUUCAUACAGGUUUUAUACAAGAAUUAGCACGGGAGAGUGGUGGUACCAAUUGGCGUGAUGUUGUUACAACGGUUGCAAGACCUUAUGCAUUUAUCAAGUUUGACAAGUUUAUUCAAAAGAAGCGCAAGGAAUAUGCUGAUCCUAAUUCAUCACAGAACAUGCAUCGUCUGAAUGACGAUUUAGCUGAUAUUCAUAACAUUAUGCGGAAAAACAUCCAAGAAGUACUUAAUCGCGGCGAACGAGUUGAAAACGUCUCACGUCUCUCGUCGAACCUGGCGGACCGAUCAAAAGAUCUUAAAUGGGGAGCCAAGAAACUUCGCAUGCAAGCCAUUUAUCGCCAGUACGGCCCCAUUGUCGCUGUCGUGCUUUUCGUGCUGCUCAUUAUUUACGUCAAGUUCUUUUAG